ACGUACGCACACUAAACCAGCUGCAGUGGAAGUAGUAAUGAUAGUAACAUUUUGUGAAGUUUUCUUUGUUUUUUUUCUUCUAAAUUUCGUUUCUAAGUACUACAGAUAUCUAAACUGAAAGGACUCUAAUACGACUGCUAGCCGUUCCCACUAAACGUUAGUAAGGUAGCAUGUGAGCUAGCUAGCAGCGUUAGCGCACUCAGUAGCAAGCCAUGGAUCCCCUGAGCAUAGUGGAGGAUGAAGUGGCAUUGGAAGGAUUGGACGGAAUAACUAUCCCUACUCUAUGGAUACGACUAGAGGAUAGACAGUCCAAGUUUCCUCUCAAACUUGACGACUCUACCAAAGGGUUUAUCUGGAGAUCACUUGUUAACAGCAGCGACCUGAGAUUCUAUGAGAUGCCACGUGAGAGGGAAGACGUGGAGUUGUUUGACAGGUUUAGGGACAUUGACCCAGAGACGGCCAUUGAAGUUAAAGAGAGGUGUUUGGACGAACACAGAGACGUCUAUCCUGUUCAUGUCAUUCCGGAGAACAAGGAUGGGAUACAGGGCUCAUGUGCAGUCUUCAAAGAGAGGAAGGAUGUCACAAAGCAGAUCCGCUCCAAGUCCCUUACCCCGUUGGUUAACGUGGAGGAGGCUAUGGAAAAAUAUGGGCGGAAACUUGUUGUUGUGGCAUCCCAGGCUCAGCGAUUUCGGGCUCUGAUUGGCAUUGAGAGUGACCCUGAUUUAAAGCUCAGCAGUGACUCUUACUGCGUGUUGGAAAGGGUGGGCCGUGCACGAUGGCAAGGAGAGCUACAGAGGGAUCUGCACGGAGGCCCUUUCAAGGCAGAUGCUCGAAAAUUUCACUACUUGAGGAAGUCUCUUGUCAAACAUGAACUAGUCACCAUGCAGCCUUGUGUCAAACCAUCAAGAAACGGACAGCAGCAGCACUCCAUUCUUCUUCUGCUGAAACGCUUCCAUGUAAACAGACGGCCCCUUUAUGACAUGAUGACGGAGUACGUGUCCAAUUUUCUUCAGCAGCAACCUCGUCAGCUCACCACUCUGGCGACAAUCAAAGACCAUCUUAACUUGAAUGGUGUUCUUUUUAGACGUUUAUUUAAAUACAUCCGAGUAGCCGGGCUUACAGAGUUUUGCCACUACCCUUUGGAGGACUUGGAUCCCUCUGCUGAACCCUGCACCACUAAAAAUGGCAAUAAAGUGCGUGUGCGCUGUUUGAAACUAAUAAAGCCAUAUGUAAAGAAGGGCGUGAUGGAUGAUGAUGACGACGACGAAGAUGAAGACAAUAAUUCUGGAGCAAUCGGUCUUCUUCCUUCAGAUGGACGAAUCAUGGAGAAAGAUCUAAUUUCACAGGCCUAUCACAUCAUACUAUCCUCUGGUACGAAGGGAAUCCCACAGAGAUCUGUCGCAUUAAAAAUGAACAUCAGUAAACUGGAGUCUCGUACGAUCUUGCGAAAGCUAGAGAGGGAUGGUUUUAUUAAGGGAUUUAUGGAGGACGAGGGUCGGCAGAGGACUACAAAAUAUAUCAGCCACAAGUGUGUUGGUGUCAGCGAUCAACUCCAGCUGUUUGCUAAAGAGCAGGAACGGAACAAGCUACUUUACCCUUCACCACAAGUGUCAGGCGCUGACCCUUCCACCUCUAAAACACCUGCAUCCUCAAAGCUGCCAGCAAAUAAAAACAGCAAAACUUCUGCUGCCAAGAAGCAAAAGAGAAAGAAAGAUGCAGAGGUGGAACAAAAGAUGUGUGAUGAUGGAGGCGAGGAUGUUGAGGAUGAAGGGUUGGGUGGAAAGAAAGGUAAAGGAAGAGGAAAGAUGGGAAGAAGACACAAGAUGUCAGCGAAUGAAGACGACGAGACAACAAAUCAAAUACAGACGGACAUUCCUAUCAUACAACCUACACCAGCUGAAAGUGAAACUCCAGCCUGCAGCGGAUCAGUGACCAGUUUAACUCCUGACUCUGUGUCCAUACCUGCAGCAGACCAAGCUUCAGUUAAAGAAGGAGAACAGUCUAACUCAGCCAGUGACAGCACAUUGCCUCAAAGCGAGGUUUUAAGCACAGCUGAUAACCCAGCAAACAACGUUGUGGUUGUUGAUAGUGCUUUAAAGCCACAGCAGAGGAUUCAUGAGACGUACCGCCUGUUGAAGAGGAAGAAUCUGAUUGUCGAGGCCGUCCAAAAAAUGCAAAUUAUAGAGGGUCUCUUCCCGCUGCUGAAGAUAAUCAGUGAUGAAGAAAAGCAGGAUGGUUUCAGUUCGAAGUGCUGCAAGAAGACUGUUUUACGUCUCGUCCAAAGUCUGUCAAGAGAAGGCUUGCUUAAGCUUUACACAACCACUGUUAUACAGGAUGGGCUCACCAAGAAGAUUGACAUGGUUGUCCAUCCAUCCAUUCAACCCAAUGAUGAAAGAGUUAGCCAACUCAUUGAGCAGGUCCGGUUCAGAAUCUCCAGUUCUUACUCAGCUGUACGGCAGCACAAUGCUGAAGAGAAAGCCAAAGAAAAACAGAAAAGAUCCAAGAGUCUGAACACUUUAAUGACUGAAGGUGGUGAAGAUGACGCAGACUUCAAGCCCUCAAAAGUACGAGGGCUGGGUAAGACUUUUGGCUUUCAACCAAAGAUGCUUCGUCUGAGUGUUAUACAUAACUUCCUCUGGUAUCUUAUUUAUGGGCACUCACUCCGAGGCAACUCUGCUGUCACUGGCUCACCCAGUGAAACACCAACAGACCGAGACAGCUCGAAUCCUGAUGCCAAACAGCCAGACAACCAGGCACAGCAGCAUCUGAAAGAAAAAGAAAGCCCUGGUGUAUCGAACUUGGAUGUGGCAUCAGGUGAUGAAGAGGAGCUGUCGAAUGAUAAAUCAAAACCUAAUCACUCUGAAUCUAACUUGAAAGUAUAUGCCGAUGAAGACUCAUGGAGGAGAUUUGUCCCUCCUGUCCGUCAACAUAAGGAUUUUACCAGCGGCUGGGCGAUGGUUGGCGACCUGCUCCUCUGCUUGCCUCUCUCCACUUUCAUGCAGGUCAUACAGAUCUCUUAUAAGGUGGAUGGACUGGAGGAAUACCUCAAUGACCCGGUGAAGCAGCACUAUCUGGUCAGAGCUCUGCCUGCAAAAAUAAAGAGACAGCUUCUUUAUAAACGGAAAUACAUCCACUCAUUUCAUGAGAACCUUCAGAGGUUGACCUACAUGGGUUUGCUGCAGUUUGGUGUUGCAGAGCGGUUCAAGGACAAAGACCAGGUUUGCGUGUACCUGAAACGCAAUGCCACUAUUGUUGACACCACCAACACUGAACCUCACUAUUGGCUGGUCACAGAGUCACCUGACAACCCAUUCGAAAGGCGCCGGUACACAUUUAACACUGCGGAGGAUGUGGAAAGCUACUGGUUUGACCUGAUGUGUGUCUGCCUCAAUACACCACUGGGGAUAAUUCGCAGCAAGAAAAAUGCCACAGAGGAUGAAGCUCCUUCAUUUGUGCCAGAGCGCUAUGUGUUCGUAGGAUUGUCGUACCUGUUAAAGGGCAGUCAUGAGGUGUGUGAUGAUGGGUCAAUACCAGGAGACGGUAAAGGAGCAGGAGGUCUGGACUCUGAAUUCUUUGGUCAUCUUAAACGCAACUGGCUGUGGACCAAUCACCUUCUUGCUUGUAAAAAGCGUCCCAGUGGUUCAGAGACACCUCAGGGCCAGGUCAGACUGAGGAGCCUCCUGGGUAAAAAUGCUUCCAGAAUUGCUCUUCAAGCUGCAGGAACAACUUCACCUCGUUAUUUGACCAUGAAGCAACCUCGUGUGGCAAAAAAUGUGGAGGUGGGCACAGAGCCGGCUUCCAGAAACCGGCAGGUGGUCGGAGGUAAGGGGCAGAGGAGGAAGAGAAGCAAAAAGGAAGUUGUCAAGGUCCCACGCAGGAAGAGGAAAGAACCAAAGAAACGCACCGCAGCCCAUGAUGAGGCAGACCACAGAGCUUUGAAAAUGAUGACCAAACAGAGGGUUUACUGGUCGGUACAGGAGGACUCGCUGAUUAUGCUCUGCUCUGUGGCCUCUUACCUGCUCAACACCAAGUUAAAAAGGCCAUUCAUACCUUACUGUGUGGUGAGAGAUCUGCUGCACGCAGAGUUUGAGAUCUCAGUGGAUAAAACAUCCAUCGCUGUGAGUCGUCGCACAAGAUACAUCCUCAAAAAUCCUCAUUCACUUCUUAAUUACAGGAUCUGUGUGGUUGAGGUUUACCAAGAUAAAACACUGAUGAGACUUCUGGAGGAGGCGAAACCUGCUGACCCUAAUAAACCAGAGGAUUGCGCCAAAGCAUUCUCAGAGUACGUCAGGCUUCUCAGGCAGAAGUUCAGCUGUGUCAUGAACGCUCAUGAUGUGGUCAUCCCUGACUCUAAACAGCAUCUCUUCUCAAAAUUUAAGGUUUCAGCAAUAGAUGAUGGAAAACAGUUCCCAUGCAAAGACAUCAUCAACAGCAAAGGUGACAUUCAUGUCAUUGUGUUGCAUAAUUUGAUCCAGAGCACUCUGGCCAUGACCAACAGUCAGAUGAAGUCUUCCAGAUCUUUUCAGACCUUCCACAUGUACAGUAAGUUUGACCAGGAGCUGCUGUGCGAGGUGUUCAUCCAAUGCAGGAAGAGACGUCUGGUCAACCGCCGUCGUGUCAGUAAUUCGUUUGGGCCAAAGAAAAACCGAGCACUGCCCAUUUUACCCAUGUCCUACCAGCUGUCGCAGUCUUACUACAGAUGUUUUUCGUGGCGUUUUCCUCCGUCCUUGUGCACCGACUCCUUCUGCUUUUUAAGGAACUUAAUCACCAGUGGGACCGGAGAUGAAAGACCUGUCACUACUUUCUACCAUGAAAGUGAGAUCAGAUCACAGAACGGCAAGGAGGUGUUGGAAAGGAAAGCAGAUUCAGCAAGAAAAGAAAAGCAGAGUGGAGGAAAAGAAGACUGCAGACAACCGGAGGUUGUAGACAUCGACUCAACCAAAGACAGCAGCCACCGUACGAUGGAGGGAGAAGACAAGUUGAUGGAGUCAGAUGUGAACAAUGAGAAAACUGAGGGGAUGAGCAAACUAGAACAACAUAAAAAGCCAGAAUCUUCCCUCAUUUCUGGAUCUGUUGAUGCUUCAGCAAGCAAAGAGCAGCCAGACAAACACCCACCAGACGUUUCAGAGAGUUCUCCAGAUGUGUCGGACAUGCUGCAGUUCUCCCUGAACUCUCCUGGUGGAGCCUGUGUAGUCUGUCUAGGCCUGAUGACUCUGGGACUGCUGAAUGUCCACUUGUCCAUCCCUAAACAGAUAGUGGUGGUGGACAGCAACCUGGUGGACAACGAUGUCACUAAGAGUAUGGCUGUACUGGAGGAAGAUGAUGAUGAAGAUGAUGGUGAGGAGUGUGAGGGAAGAAAAAGGCCACGUGUGACAUCACAUCAAGCGUCACAUACUAACUACCUGAUGAUGCGAGGGUACUGCUUACCUGGCAUAGUCAAACUGCGAAACAUUAACACCGGUGAAAACAUCGUGGUGGAGUCGUGUAUUAUGAGCUUGCAGCUGCGCAACACGCCUGCUCACUGUUUGUUCAGCGAGGAAAACUCUCCACCAUUGGACUUGACUAAAUGCGGCCCAUCCCUGCUGCCCCCCAUGCUUACCAGCUACAUCCGUUCACCUUUGUCCUCUCCACCGAGUGUGGAGGAGUGUGACAGGCUCUUUCUUCAGCAGAGGGGAUACACCACUCAGGACGUAGAAGCGUGUGCUCAGCUCAGAAGGAGCUUGGAUGAAGCAGGGGAAAAUGGUUUGGAUGAAAGGGACUUCUUCAGGGCUCAUGUACACCUGCAGGUACCGGAGUCUGGACGCACCCGAAGCCUGCUGCAGUAUUUGAAGGAUUUGCAAGAAGAAGUCCAGGUUGUUAAAGUGGGGAGUUUGGGUGUUCGUUGGGUGCUUAUGCAGCAUGCUGAGCCAUGGCUACUGACUAUAAACUCCAAGCAAUUAUCUUGGCCACCCUUAACAUCUGAGAGACGACCUUCUCUGAAGAGUCAGCACAGCAUCCCUUUCUUACGCAAGAGAUGCAGCCGAGAAGUGCAUCUGGAGACAGAGGGACCACCUGCAAAGAAACCGGCUUUGGAUGGAGGAAAAGGUCCUGACAGAGAAAGUGUGGAUGGAUCAUCUUGUAGCUCAACAGACAAACCCAAUGAGGAAGAACAGCAGAAAGAGAGGGCAGAUGAAGGAAGUGGAGACAAAUUGUUGAAUGUGGAAGAGGAGGGGAGAGUCGAGACACUGUCUAAAGAGGAAGGAGAGGAAGUGGACGGACAGGUGGAAACUGUGAAAAGACAUGAUAAAAAGAGGGAGCUGAGGACCAGAAGGAGCAGUCUAAAGGAUGAAAGACAUGAGGAUGAACACUCGCCACCUCUUGCAUCAGCAGAUGAUGAAGAAAACUCCAGCUUCAUCAGCCGGCCGUGGCGCUUAGUUGAUGGCAAGCUGAACCGGCCAGUGUGUAAAGGCAUGCUGGAGGCCGUUCUUUUCCACAUUAUGUCUCAGCCAGGGCUCACACAGGAGUCGCUGGUGAAACAUUACAAAGAUGUUCUGCAGCCACUAGCAGUGAUAGAGCUGGUGCAGGCCCUUAUAGACUUGGGAUGUAUAACUAAGAAAACUUUGGUUAAAGAUCCUAAACCAUCGUUGUUUGCUCGCUCUGUGCAUCAGAGAAGAAGUGAAACAACGGUGAACGUUGAAGAACCAGACACAGUGUUUUAUGAGCCCACCAUCAGCUGCUGCCUGCGACUCUGUCGGGUGUUGCCCAACGAGCGACACUGGAACGAUUGGGGGCCCUGAACAUCUUCCUCAUGCUCACCGUUCUCCACCUGGUGUUACUGUUUUUAAGUUUAAGCACCAAACAGUGAAAAGAAAAGAUGUGGCAACAAUCAGACCCAUGAAGCAUGAACAAGGCAACCUUACAAACAUGUCAUAAGGUUCUUUGUGUUUUUUUUUAACAGAUUUUCUUUUUUUUUAGUUGAAAAUGUUUGUGUUUUUCUUUUUUCCUUUUUUACUUUCUAACAUCAAAUUUUAAACAAAGUACAUUCUUGACUUUUGCAUUAAACUGAUGUGGACAAUUUUGAUAAAAUUGUGGCAAAGUAACAAUCAGCAUUUCUGUAUUGUUGCGUGAUAUAACUGUAUCAGUGUGUAUCACUGUAUCAUAUGUAUCAUUGUUCUCAAAACAACACAAGCCUCCUUCAAAAGUCUUAAUACUUGAUACAAGACUAUUAUCCAAGGUAAGGAAAGCUAUCUGAACGUCUGAAUUUGCAGUUAUUUCAGAAGUUUCAAAAUGACGAGGGGGAUGUGGUGUCUUGCUUUUCGCUAAUCAAGCUAAAGUGUGGAGCCUUAAAAGCAUUACAUUUAACCUCAUAAAAGUAUUUAGCUGUUAUA